AUGAUCUCUAACAGCUCUAAAGUCCUUUUGAUUGUCCUGAUCUCAUCUGUUCUCCUCGUUACUCUGGAUGCUGAUAAUGAGGACUGUACAACAGAACUACUAGUGCGGAGAAACACAAAUCAUGAAGUGGUUUCUGGACAGAAAUUCAGGAUUGACUGUCCAGUUCUAUUCUGCAACAAUCCACCACCAAGAGUCACCUGGUAUAAAAUAGAGGGCGAACGUGACCGUCUCAUCAUCAACAGCAACAAUCGCAUUAGAAUAGGAUGGGAGGAGAUCAAGCCUCUGGAAGGAGUUUCAUUCCUUAUUUUUCAAAAGAUCCUCAAAAUUGACACUGGAAGAUAUGGAUGUAAAAGUGAAGGCAGUCUUAGUCAUGUCAUCCAUAUCACGGUUAUUGAGGAAAUGGAGGCCACAACCAAGACACAUAUAACAAUAACUACCGAAACAAAUGAACAUCCCAAAACUGAACCAAACAGUAUUUUUUGGAUGUAUGUGUGCUCUGCUGCUGGGAUUGGUUCCUUUCUCAUCAUAGUGAUUAUCAUAUCUGUGAUAUGGAUGCAGGGAUGCAAAGGGAAAUCAAGGAAAGAGAAGCAAACAGAAAAUAAGUACAAUAAAAUCCCUCUAGCUGAGCAAGACAUUCAAAUUGCCACAAGGGUCAGGUAUUCACCAAGAGGAGACUCCAACCUGCCGCCAUCUUUUAACAGCCAGUGAGAGAAAACUACCAGGACAACCUAUAGAGCCGCCAACAUUUGGAGAUAAUGAGCAACUUCAUGGUCCAACGAUACAGGAGAGAAACAGGAAUGUAGCACUUAAGGAGGAAACCAGUUCUGAUGUCUAUGCUGCCUUCAACCACGGACCGCCACAAUGAGAGGCUCUGUGGCCACAGAGGCGGAUAGUGUAGAAAGAUUAAGCAGCUAAAUGUCAGGUUUAAAAGCAGAGAGAUUUUUUUAAGUUUACCUUUUGUGAUCAAUGAGUCUGAACUCGUUAGUUACUAACUGGUUAAUGAAAUUAGAUGAAACUUUAUUAGCUCCACACAUUAAUGUCAUUUAUUACUACAAAAAAGAGAGAUAUACGUAGCGAGACCUAAAAAUCUUAUUUGAACAAAGAAAAGGAGUGCAAUUGUUUUCUCAAAUUAUUUUCUCUCCUGUGUCUAGAUCUUUUGCAAUUAGAUACACCAACCCCACCAAGCAUGUAUUUCUACCCAUAGCAGUUAUUUACAUUGACCGUCAUUUAGUUACUGCAUUUAUGCUUAACCCUGACAUCUACCCUAACCCAAACCCUUACCUGCUUUUUUCUAAU